UGAGAGACCGAGAGGUGAACACACUACAACAAAGAUGAAUGAGAAGCCGUUUCUGAGUGGUCUCCUGCUGCUGCUGUAUGUGUGGCUCCUCUGCGCUCAGUCAGUGUCCAGCGGCAACCAAAGCUCCAGGGGCCAGCCAGGUCAGUCUAGAGUGACUCCGGGGACAUGUGAGGUGGUCGCUGCUCGUCGCUGCUGUAAUAAGAAUAAGAUUGAGGAGAGGUCACAGACGGUGAAGUGCUCGUGCCUGUCUGGACAGGUGGCAGGGACAACCCACGCUCGGCCUUCCUGUGUGGAUGCCUCUAUAGUGCGGCUGAAGUGGUGGUGUCAGAUGGAGCCGUGUUUGGAGGGUGAGGAGUGUAAAGUUCUUCCUGACCUCACUGGCUGGUCCUGCAGUUCGGGCAACAAAGUCAAAACCACUAAGGUGACACGGUAACAAGAUGAAGACAACAGGUGUCGAAUUGUGAUAAUAACUCAUCAAUAACUGGUCUGAACUCUGCAAGUGUUAAAGAAAUACACAGACAUACACAGAAUGAGUGAUGGAUGUGUAAAGUAUUUACAUUAAAGGGCCAUUAAAAUGCAAAAUGUUAGUGUAAUUAUAUGGUUUGUUAACAAUCAUACAGAGUGGUAAUGUGAAUUUUUCUAGAUUCUAGAGAGCUCACCAAGGCCGAAUUGUUCACAGUGGGUUUAAACCUGAAGUGUUUAAUACCUCUGAAAGCUACCUCACAUGAAAGUCAUUACAUGAAAUCAUUAUGCAUGUUGCGUGAUGCCUGAAAUAUUUUCGGAGUAGUUUUAGCUCACGUUUAGGCCAAAAACAUUUUUUUUACAUAUUCAUGGUGGAGAGGUACAUGUGGGGCCAACACUACAUAUAAAAACUAAGAAGGCAUGUAGGAUCACUGGUUAUUUUGAAUAGUAGACAAAAUGGCUAUAUUUGCAUUGUAGACAGUGUGACUCCUG